AUGGGCAGCGCCGGCGGGGCGGGGGGGCCGGGGGCCGGGGGGGGGCCCCGCGCCGCGGGGGGUCCCGCUGCCCUUGAGCCAAGGACGGCGCCGCUCCGGGGGGGGGCCCCGGGGACCGGGGGGGGCCCUCCCGGCCCGGGGCCGCCGGGGCCGGACCCCGCCCGCCCCGGUGCGGAGCUGCGGGGCCGGGGGGGGGGGGUCCGGGGCGGGGAGCCGGAGGGGGGGCGGCGGGGCCGGGCCCCCCCCGCUCUACCCGCCCGGUGCGCGCCGCGCCAUCGGCCUUAUUUAGUCACGGAGCGGCCGGGGGGGACCGGGACCCGCCCCGCGCGCUCGGCGCCGCUCGGAACAGGUCGGAACGGUUCGGCUCCGUUCGGAACGGCCGGGCUGAGCCGGGCUCGGCCGGUUCGGGUCGGCUCGGCCCGGCCCGGUUCGGCCGAGCUCGUGCGUGGCUCGGCUGGGUUCGGCGCGGUUCGGCUGGGCUGGGUUCGGCUGCGCUCGGCUGCACUGGGUUCGGCCGGGCUCGGCUCGGCUCGGCUCCGUUCGGCUAGGCUCGGGCGGGCGCGGCCCGGCUCGGCUCGGGCUGAGCUCGGCUCGGCUCGGCUCGGCUCGGGCGGGUCCGUGCGCUCGGCCCGGCCCGGCCCGGCCCGGCCCGGCGGGCGCUGCGUGUUGACAGCGGGGCCGGGGCGGGGCCAGCGCGGGCGCAGCCAAUGGCCGCGGGGGGGCCCGGGACCCCCGCCCCGCCCCGCCCGGGGGCGCCCAGCGGGCCCCUUGGCCCCGCCCCGCCCCGCCCCAGACACGCCCACCGACAGCAGAGCCACGCCCCCUCCCCCGGAUCCCCGCAAGGCCCCGCGCCGCCCCCGGCACACCGGGGCACACUCCGGUCCCAGCCCCGCUGGGCAGCGAGGCCGCACGCCCGGACAGGGGGGACACGGGGACACCUGGGUGCUGAAAAUGGUUCCGGCCCCGGGGCCGCGACCGCAGAGACCGACCGGGGUGACCGGACCCGACUGGACCAACCGGACCCGAACGGCCCCGAAUAGACCGAGUGACCCAGCGGGUCCGGCCGGGCGGACUCUGCCACCCGGACCCGACCGGCUCGACCGGCUCGACCGACCGGCUGCGAGCGGCUUUCAGUGGCCACGAACGGACCCGAACGGACCCGAAUGGAUCGACUGGGACCGACCGGACACAAAUGGAAGGAACCGCCGAGCCGGCACCGGGCGCGGUUUCCCGUCGCUGCGUGAGCUGCGGGCUGAGCCCCUCCUCGAACCUCCGGAGGGACUCACCCGCCGGGACCCGGGGGACCCCGGCCCCCCCGCCACCGCCACCCCCCCGCACCCCAACAGCACCCCCGUCCCGGACCCCCAGCCCGCGACCCCCCCGACCCCCGCCCCGCUCCGGGAUCACCGUCAGACCCUCCCGCCGACAGCUGGGGUGAACCCCCCAUCCCGCGCGGCUUCUCAGAGUGUCCUCCGGGAGGGUCGCGGGGUGCACUCCCCCCUGCACGGUUCCCCCAGGGGGGCUGACCUGGGGGUCCCCGGCAGCGCCCAGCGCGUCAAUGGCCGGAAGUGGGUGGAAGCAGCGGGAAAUGGGGGGGGUCCCGCAGGACAUCCGCCCCACGGCCGGGGGGCUGGGGCCGGCCCGGGAACCCCCGGGGGCAUCCACUCGCCCGCUGCAAAGGUGGGGGGGCACGGUGUCCUGUGGCCAGGAUGGGGGUCCCUGCCACCACCGCGGCCCCCCAAGGGCUGCGUGUCCUCCAUGAGCGUUGUGUCCUCCCUCUGGGUGUCAUCGCUGUGUCCCCAGGGUGCCAUGGCCACCCCAGAGCCAUGUGUAUGUUCCCCCGGCGCCGUGCGUGUCCCCCCAGUUCCGUGUCCCCCGCGGGUGCCAUGUCCUCUUCAGUGCUGCGUCCCCCCUCUGGCUGCCCUGCGUCCCCCCCAGGGCCACAAAUCCCCCCCAGUUCCACGUUCCCCCAGGGCUGUGUCCCACCCGGGUGUCAUGUGUGCUCCCAAGUCGCCCCGAGGACCACGUCCUCGCCAUGAGUGCCGUGUCCCCCUCUCUGGGUGCCAUCGCUCCCUCCCCAUGGCCACAAGCCAGGGGGCCGGGGGUCAGAUUGGGUUCGAUGCCCUCCGCCGGGGUCGCCGGUGUGUCCCACGCCGCGUGGCGGUGGCGGUGACGGUGGAGGUGGCGGUGCCCAUUGUGUGCGGGGCGGGGGCGUCGCGGCCUCGUCACCACUUCCCCGGGCAGUAG